AUGGGGACUGACGCACAGCAAGAGGCCCGCUCCUACCUGAGCGAUGAAAUGCUGGCUGAGUUCAAGGCUGCCUUCGACAUGUUCGACACUGACGGUGGCGGUGACAUCAGCACCAAGGAGUUGGGAACCGUGAUGAGGAUGUUGGGGCAAAACCCAACAAGAGAGGAGUUGGAUGAGAUCAUUGAGGAGGUGGAUGAGGAUGGCAGCGGUACCAUUGACUUUGAGGAGUUCUUGGUCAUGAUGGUGAGGCUGCUCAAGGAGGACCAGGCCGGCAAGAGCGAGGAAGAGUUGGCGGAGUGCUUCCGUGUUUUCGACAAGAAUGCUGAUGGCUACAUCGACAGAGAAGAGUUCUCCCUGAUCAUCCGUAGCACCGGCGAGCCCAUCACAGAGGACGAGAUUGAUGAGCUGUUGAAAGAUGGAGACAAGAACGCCGACGGCAUGCUGGACUUUGACGAAUUCCUCAAGAUGAUGGAGAAUGUGCAGUAA